AUGUCUUACAAUCCCCGAAUGAGCAUGGCUGCGCCCCAGCAGUCUCAUAAUCGCGGCCGCAAGAAGGAAGAUGACAAUGAUGCAUUGAUGCGCCUGCCCGACAAAGAGAUCGCAGGGUGUAUCAAUGAUAUCGGAAUACCUUUCACAACGGCCGACUUGGCCAAACCUAACCCCCAGCAGAUUCAGAUGGUAUUCGAAUGGUUCGCAGAGCUUCUCAUGAAUGUGACUCGUGAGACUGUAGAACCGGGAAUGAAUGCGGCCGCAGAGAACAUCUGUGAGGACUACCCAGAUAUUGUCGGCAAUGAAACUCGGAAUCUCAUGGGAUUUUUCAUAAGCAUUCGAAGGCUACUCUCGGAGUGCGGUGUCAACGACUUUACCUUCACCGAUCUUACCAAGCCCACUCACGAUCGACUUGUUAAGAUAUUCUCCUACCUUAUUAACUUCGUACGAUUUCGCGAAUCGCAAACGCCAAUCAUUGACGACCAUUCCAACAAAACGGAACAGACCAAAACGCGCAUCGAUGAAUUGUUCGCUGAAAACCAGGAGAUGCAAGCCCGCUUGGCUGAAAUGCGAAGGGAAACACAGAUGAAUGAAGUACAAGUACGCGAGAAAUCAGCACGAAAUGAGGAGCUCAAAGCUCGCCUAUUAGAAUUGGGACGUGAGCAAUCGCGAGUCGCCGAAACCCUUGACCGUGUGAAGAACGACCGUACCCGAAAGCAACAACAGCUUGAGGAGAAGACGGAAAGGAUUCACCGAAGCCGACAAGAGGCUGAGAAGCUACGCCCUUAUGUUUUGGAAAGUCCGGCUUCAUUGCAGUCCUCAUUGACCGAACUUGCGGAGAACCUAAUGCGUGAGAAAGCCUCGAUUGAUACGAUGGAGAAGCGGGCGCGAGCACUACAGACCUCCUCGGAUACGUUUACUGUUGUUUCCAAUGAUGUGCAAGCAUGUGUCAAAUUACUAGAUGAUGUUGUUGUCGAGUUACAAAAAGAGGAAGAGGAAGAAUCUCGCGCUGCUCGUAACAAGGAAGCCAUCUCAGAUAGAGGUGCUAGUGUACGGGAGGUAGAACAAACGGAACAUCUGCUGCAACGACAAUUGGCACGCUGGAAUGAUAAAAUUGAUAAGUGGCGCAGAGGUGCGCAAGAAAAGGCGGACGCUGCGCAAGCUAGAAUGGAAGAGCUUCGCAAUGUGCAGAGACAACUUCGUGAGGAGCGACAGGAGAAACAAAGCGACAUGGAGCGGAGGCGGAUACGUAUUGAGCAAACAGAGAAGAAGAUGGUGGAUCUCAAGGAAAAUAUCGAAAGCGAGAUCCAGGCAGCCCAUGACCAAUAUCUUAAGCUGGAGUCCCACAUUAAGCUCUACAUCACAGAGAUGGAGAAGUCUUGGUGA